CUCAUUGGAGGUGGGAGGGGAGCGUCUGGGAGGUGAAGAGGUAGCGGGGUAGAGGGCGCGCGAAUGUGGGAGGCCCCAACCCUGCUGGGUGAGCUGCCCUCGGUCUAACUUCCCCAGCCCAUAUUUGACCGAACCGGUUGUGAGGAUCGUGUCUCCCGCGUGGAAAGGGCGGCUGGCUUCCCGGAAGUGCCGGUGUCCGCUGCGGGUGGGCGCGGGGUGUGUGACCUCACGGCAGCGUCCACAGCACCCGAGGAGGCAGUCGCGCGCCGGGGCUCUGCUUCUCAGGCCCAGAGCCUCUCCCGUAACUUGCACAAUGGGUGCCAAUCUAUUCUAGAGCUGACCGAGGUGGGGCCGCGGCCGAGAGUAUUGAGGAGGGGGGCCUAAGGCGAAAACCUUUUCUCCCCUGGCAGCCGACUUGCUUUAACUUUUCUUUGAAAAGGAGAAUUCUUAACGCUCCUUGCACCUGUUGUAAUGUGCGAUCUUGUGGGCAAAGAAAUGCCUGUUUAACUGAGCUAUUGUUUCCUAUGAAGUUACUCAAGAUAUAGGAGAAUGUAUUUGAAUUUUAGGGGACCAAGUUUAACAAAACAUUAAUUUCAACUACUGUGCACGCUCAUCCAUACAACCUUGCGAAUGAGAUGAUGCUACAGUUCUGGGCUGCUUCAUCUUAAGGAGUUGAUGUUACUUCUGGCAAGUUCUGUCUUCCCUGGCUAUUAUAGUUGGCGGCUCAGCGCUAACUCAGACCAUGUGGACCGCUGAUGAGAUUGCGCGGCUGUGUUACGAGCACUACCAGACCAGGCUGCCCAAGCAGGGGAAGCCUGAGCCCAACCGUGAGUGGACGUUGCUAGCAGCCGUGGUGAAGAUACAGCCUGCCAUCGACCAGGCCUGUGGUGGCGCUAACAAACCGGUGCAAGUGACAAAGGAAGUUGUCUCAAUGGGAACGGGGACGAAAUGCAUAGGCCAGUCCAAAAUGAGGAAGAGCGGAGACAUCCUCAAUGAUAGCCAUGCUGAGGUCAUAGCCAGGAGGAGUUUCCAAAGGUACCUUCUGCAUCAGCUCCACUUGGCGGCCGCCCUGAAGGAGAAUAGCAUUUUUGUCCCUGGAACUCAGAGAGGGCUGUGGAAACUCAGACAAGGCAUCUUGUUUGUGUUUUUCUCCAGCCAUACACCCUGUGGGGAUGCCUCCAUCAUUCCAAUGCUUGAGUUUGAAGAUCAGCCCUGCUGUCCCGUCAGUAGACGUUGGGCCAAUAAGCCAUCAGAAGAAGCCAGUGGUAACCCAGAAACUCCUGAAGAUGGAAAGAAAUAUGAAGACCUGGGUAGUCCUGUGACCAAAAAGAUGAGGCUUGAACCUGGGAUUCCCGAUGGUGUGGCUCACUGUCAGAGUUUGGACAAUCUGGAAAGUGGUCCAGUCCCACCAACUGUCAGCAGCUCUGAUGUCCCCACACAGGAACUGGCCACUGUCGCCGGAAGGGCCCCCAGUGGUGCCAAAGUGGUGGACGUUUAUAGAACUGGAGCCAAAUGUGUGCCUGGAGAAGCUGGAGACUCGGGAAAGCCCGGUGCAGCGUAUCACCAGGUGGGCCUGCUCCGGGUGAAGCCAGGCCGGGGAGACAGGACCCGCUCCAUGUCCUGCAGUGACAAGUUGGCACGGUGGAAUGUCCUCGGAUGCCAGGGGGCACUGCUGAUGCACCUUCUAGAAGAGCCUCUCUACCUGUCAGCCGUGGUCAUUGGGAGAUGCCCGUACAGCCAGGAGGCCAUGCGGAGAGCUCUGACUGGGAGGUGUCAGAACGUCUCAGCUUUACCCAAAGGCUUUGGAGUUCAAGAAGUGACAAUACAGCAGUCCGGUUUACUGUUUGAACAGAGCCGCGGCGCAGUGCAGGCAAAAAGGGCUGACAGCCCAGGCCGACUUGUUCCUUGUGGCGCAGCCAUCAGCUGGAGUGCGGUUCCUGAGCAGCCGCUGGAUGUCACUGCCAAUGGCUUUCCACAGGGAACAACACGGAAGGCAAUCAGGUGCCUUCAGGCCAGAUCCCAAAUCAGCAAAGUGGAACUCUUUAGAUCAUUUCAGAAACUGCUAAGCAGUAUUUCAGAGGACAAGUGGCCAGACUCCCUCAGGGCGCAGAAGCUAGAGACCUACCACGAGUACAAGGAGGCUGCGUCUACUUACCAGGAAGCCUGGAGUGCGCUCCGAAAGCAGGCCUUUGGAUCCUGGAUCAGAAACCCACCGGAUUAUCACCAGUUUAAAUAAGAAGGGCAAACUGCAAAGAGCUUAUUAGUAGCAGAGUGUUUUUCAGCUGCUCACACUGGACGGCUUCUUCCUUUGUGCUGGACAAGCCUUAGCUUUUCUUGUGGCUGAGUCAGGAAAAAAAAAGUCUGCCAUCUACCAGAGUGACAUAUCUCUUCUGGGUAAUAUGGACAGAAUCCUGAAACAUGGAACUAUCCAUACUUGACUGAAGUAUCUCUCUCUGCUAAAACAUCACCUCGCUGAUGCCCUUGGCAUCUGUCCUAACGUGUGUUAUUGCUUCUCUAAAACAUGGAGUAAGAACUUGGAAUGUGACACUUGAAAGGUACUCUGCAGCAGCUCCGUUCUGUGUGUUCCCACGUUGAUCUGGCAAGUAUUUCUUGGGCUGAGAUGGUGUCCGGACCUCUGCAAGUUUUAGAGCUUCCCUUGGCAUAGUGGACAUGUGCCGUUUCUUCCCUCGGAAGGUCAUCCUUUCCUGCUCUAUCCGUGGGACGUGGCUGAAGCAAACCUCACUCCCCAGCUCUCAGAUUGUGAGGCAGCGCCAUACAAUCCUGGAACUACUGCCAGGGCGAGCAGGAAAGAUGCUGUCUCCUCUCGGAUCAGAAGCUCCAAGGACCACAGACUCGUGGGACUGUCUGUGGCUGCCUUUGCCUCCACACAGAGGCAGCCAGCUUGAGAAUGAAGGCAAGAAAACAGGAAACAGCCAAAAGCAUCGGCUCCCGUGACCUUGUUUGGAUGCCUGAAGCCAGUGCCCAGCCUGGACUUCAAGUAUGUGAGAUAAAUUCUUACGGCUGUUUGGGUUAAGCCUAUCUGAGUAGGUUGUCUGUGGCUUUCAAAUGAAAGAGUUCUGUCUAAAAGGCCAAAAGUCCGUAUAGCAAAUCAGCAGCAGACCUAGCUACCCAUCCUCUUUUAACCACUAUCUAAUAUUUAACUCUCAACCUCUCUGCUCCUUAAAUUAUUGAUGGAAAGGGAAGUUCUCCGUGUCAGGAUUAUCCAAAGCUCUUCUCAAAGUCCUUUAGUAUCUUGGUAUAGCUUUUUUUUCUUUUAAGAUUUUAUUCGUAAGUAGUCUCUACACCCAGUAUGGGGCUUGAACUCAUGACCCCCAGAUCAAGAGUCACACACUCCACCGACUGAGCCAGCCAGGCGCCCUGUCAUUCUUGUAUGGCUUUAAAUGUUUUUUAAUAACAGCUUUAUUGGGAUAUAAUUUACAUUCCAUAAAAUUUACCCAUUGAGAGUAUACAAUUUAGUGGCUUUUAGUAUAUCCACAGAGUUGUACAACCAUCACCAUAAUUGUAGAACAUUUUUGUUCUCUGUCAGAGGAGGGGGACCCUCAUCGACCCAGUAUGGUUCCCAUUAGCCAGGCACUCCCCAUUUUCAGUCAGCCCCACCCUCACCCCAGUCCUAGGGCUUCUUAGGUGAUUCUGCGUACUUCUGUUGCACCACAUCAAGAGGAACAGGACAUCUGGUUGUCCUACUUUCAGUGAGUUCGCAGUGGGCUCAGUGGGCUCAUCUUAUCUAUCCCGGUAGGAAGUUCCUAGUCACCCUUUCAGCUCAUGGUUUUAGCAGCAGUGCAAGGGAUCCCCGAGACCACCCUCAGGUUUGAUGGUUCACUGGACACUCAUGGAAUGCAGCAAAACUGUUGUAGUUAUUAUUUAUUUCAGCGAAAGGAUACAGAUUUUUUUAAUCUUUUUUUUUAAAUAUUUUUUGGGGGGGAGAGGGCAAGUGGGGGAGGGGCAGACAGAAGGGGACAGAGGAUCUGAAGGAGGCUCCGUGUUGACAGGCUGACAGCACCAAGCCCACGUGGGGCUUGAACUCAUGGACCACAAGAUCAUGGCCUUAGCUGAAGUCAGAUUCUCAACGGACUGAGACACCCAAGUGCCCUGAACGUUUUUGAGAGAGAGCAGAGCGUGUGGCGCACGCAAGCGGGGGAGGGGCAGAGAGAGAGGGAGACAGAGAAUCCGGAACAGGCUCUGUUCCGACAGCCUCAAACUGUGGGCUCAAACUCACAAACUGCAAGAUCAUGACCUGAGCCACCCAGGUGCCCCUGAAAGGACACAAAUUAACGUUGGCAGAGAGAAAAGGCACACGGGCACAGUCCAGGUGCAAGACUCUAUCCUCCCUGUAUCAACCAUGUGCUUCUGAUGCUUUGACAUCCAGGGCCUUGCUCACCCUGGAGAGACUGCCCACGGAGGCUAGCCAACUCCCAGAGAUAGUAAAAGAUUGAAACUGAGCCCUCCAGGGGCACCUUGGUGGCACAGUUGGUUAAGCGUUUGGCUUCAGCUUCAGCUCAGGUCAUGAUCUGACGACUUGUCUGUUCAAGCCCCACAUCAGGCUCUGUGCUGACAGCUCAGAGCCUGGAGCCUGCUUCGGAUUCUGUCUCCAUCUUUCUCUCUGCCCCUCCCCUGCUUGCACACUGCCUCUCUCUGUGUCUCAAAUAUAAAUAAACAUUAAAAAAAGAAAAGAAAAGAAAGUAAGCCCUCCAGAGUUCAUACCCAGCCACGUGCUUUAUGGGGCUCUCCCACUCUGGGCCACACUCCACCUGCCCUGAUCGCCUCAGGUCCAGGUACCAGAAAACCAGGGACAGCCCUUGUGCCUCAGAGACCACUGAAAUGAGUCCAACUAGCCAGUCCCAAGUCUGCUUACCCUGCCCCGUCCUUUCCUCCCCUUUACAAUAACGGCUGUUGUGCGCACGUCCUCGCUCCUUCUGCCUCCUGACCCACCCUGGUGCUUCUCCGUGUGACUCCUUGUGGCCUGGCACGUCCUCUCCUCCUGCAUUUAAAAACUGUCUCCCGUGGAGUUGCACACACAGCACUGAAUUCCCCCAGAAAUGAUGUGUGACAGUAUGGGCCAAGCGUUGCCAGCCUUGGAUGCUGCUAACAUGCUGCAGUGCACAGGACAAACCCCGUAACAAAGGAGGAUUUGGCCCACAGUAUCAGUAGUGCUGAGGCUGAGAAACCCUGAUCUAGAGAUUGUGUUUUCAGGUUUCAUGAAACACCUCCUUUUGUGGUUACUGCUCCAAAUCUGUACACAGUUAACUUUGUUUCACUUUUCUUUUCUUUCUUUCUUUUUUUUGGGGGGGAGGGGGACAGGGGUGGGGAGGUGGCUUUUUAAAAAACUAUGUAAGGGGCACCUGGGUGGCUCAGUGGGUUAAGCGUCUGACUUCGGCUCAGGUCGCGAUCUCAUGGUCAGCACGGAGCCCAAUUCAGAUCCUCUGUCCCCCUCUCCCUGCCCCUCCCCUGCUUGCUCUCUCACUCUCUCAAAAAUAAACAUUUGUAAAAAACAGAAAACCGUUUCUGUAUUUUAAACUAUCGAAACAGCAGAAAGUCCUCAGAAGUGGCAUUGUACAGGAAGAGGGACUCCCCCAACAGAUUUUAGGCAGCUGCGCUUGUAAUUCCAGAGGGUGGUCUAACAAAACGUCUUCUGAAAUUUGGCUCUUGAGGGAAGUUUACGCUCCAGCAUCAUUCCUUUGUUCUUGUUCACAAGUGGAUUCUGAUGUGUCUAUGUUUGCAUAAUUUUUAACUAUUUUUCUUCAGACUUUUAAAAAUGUGGCUCGAUUUAAAUAAGUGUGUGUGUAUAUUCCAUGUAGUCAUUUCUGCCUUAAAGCACGGGGUGAAAUGCCUUGUUUUAUGGAGUUUGCUAAUGCCAAGCAUUAGCUCACCGUCUGGGGAAAUGAAGCCGCUACGGAGAAAAUGACCCACGCUGGCUGCCAGCUCGGCCUGGAAGAGAAGCAGGCCCGUCUGAUCUGGCCGUGUCUGUGGCUGGUGGAAAGCCGCCUCCACCUGGACCUUGGCAAUACUUGUUGGCUUUAAGACAGUGUUCUGAGCAAGCCUUAGCCAGAGUUUUCCAGUUUCUAAAACCCGGUUCCCUUGCUAGCUAGUUAAGUGGUUUAGGACAACGCUGAGUUUUCAACUACCACCGUCCUCUUGUGAUGCCCGUGGGGAAGCCAGAUGAGCUGGUGAGAGGAGGCCCAGUGAGGCAGGAAGGUCACCAAAACCAGGAGGUGGCUUCUAAGUAGGAAGAUGUGCCUGUGUGCUCCCUUUAAAGGGCUCAAGCAGGUCUUCCCAAAGACAGCUGUCCUGAAGGAGAAGCGGGAUACAGAAAGAGCCAGGAAAGCAGAGAGUGUGAAGAAAACUUUAUUUUCCAAAGUUCUUUUUGGACCGCAUACUGAGGAAUCGUAGUUGGCCUUCACAUCUCGCAAACGUGAAUCCCUUCAAACCUAAAUGUGUCUGUACUGGGGUUAAGACUGACUUCCUGGAAGGCGUGGAUCCAAAACAAAUCUCAAGUAGCACCUGUGGUCCAAAUGUGCAGACACACUAAAAUGUGUGUCUGACACACUAAAAGUAAUCAAGGGGGAUAGAAAUCAAAGAGUGGUUGUUGCCUGGUGGAGGAAGAUGGGGGAUGGGAGUUGAGGGAAAAAGGGCCUAAGGGGACUUUCUGGGAUUUGGGGAAUAAUCUGUUUGGAUUGAAGUGUUGAUGACAUGGGUGUCAAUAUUUGUCAGGAUGUAUUAAACUCUCCACUUAAACCCUCUGCGCAUUUUAUUGUGUGUAAUUAUACGUCAACUUAAAAAUGUAAAAAAAAAAAAAAAAACCCAAACCAAAAACCUAGUCCUGUUAUUUGCUAUGGUAGAAUAAACUUUGAUCUGGAUAUUUAAGUAAUUAUGUUCUUUUUUUUAAUCAUCUUUUUUUAGAAGUUUAUUUUGAGAGAGAGCGCACGCGCACACGAGACGGGGAGGGGCAGGGGCAGAGUAAAAGGGAGAGAGAGAAUCUCAAGCAGGCUCUGCACUGUCCGCGCAGAGCCUGACGUGGGGCUCGUACUCACCAACCGUGCGAUCAUGACCAGAGCUGAAAUCAAGAGUCACUUAACCAAGUAAUCAUGUUCUAGUACCAACUCUACCAUUACUUCUAUGUGGGUGUGGGGAAAAUAUUUAAUCUCUGACUUCUAACCUGUCACCGGUUGUACCAAAUGGGGUCCCAGCAAUUAGGAUGCUUAGUUUUUUCAAGUGUGAGGUAGGACUUCUCAUAGAAAUUCUUAACGUGGUAAAUAACGCAACGAGAAAUUUUCUCCAGGAAACUGAGCCCAUGGGCGCUUUGAGAUACGAAUGGCCUCAGGCAUGUUAGUAACUAGAGAGGGAUGGAAAUAACUCUGUGUCUUCACCUAAUAACUCGGGUUCUGAAUUUGGGUGUGGGUUUUUUGUCUCGUCUACUAACGAGCCAGCAGGGGUAGGAACCAGCUUUUAGAACUAAGCGCGUUCAGCAUUGCUUUCCAGUCUCCAAAUUCAGCAAAGUGUCUUAAUAGGAAAAAGGCAAAGACAGAGUCACUCCAAGUGGGGACCCAGGCUGCCAAAUGUUGGUCUCAAGCACAUGUUCCCUGAACUUGGGCUUGGCUCCAAAAGGAGAAGAGCUCACAAUGGAAACAGUGAUGGCUGUUUGCUCAGGCAGCCAAGAGAAUGAAAAGCGCAUUGAAACCCAGCAGUGUCUCCAUGGGGAGAGGUACGGUGGGCCCCUGGGUGGUGAAACCAACCUGACAACAGAGCAGGAGAACAGGGCCCAUUCCCAGCAUCCCCCGUCAGUUCAACAACAAGACCUUUCUGUGCAACCUCAGGAGAUCUCUGAGAAAUUAUACCGUGGGCAACCCAAGCUUCGCUCGGCAAUGGUGCUCACGCAAUCCAGUUCACCCGUGGCUUGGUUGAAUUCGAUUCUGUUAUUUGAGAGAAAAGAGCUCUUCUCGAUGUACAUUCCCUCAUCCCUGCCAAGAUUUCACCAGAUUCCUUUUUUAUUACUAUUCCUUAUGGACCGUUUUGACCUCCAGUGAGUCCCUUUUCGGCUGGGGUUUUUGUGUGUGUGUGUGUGUAAUUUUUUUUAUUUCCUUAAGCAAUCUUUAAGACCAACAUGGAGCUCGAACUCAUAACCCCGAGAUCAAGCGUCGCCUGCUCCAACUGAGGCAGCCAGGCGCCCCCUCAGCCGAUGUUUCCACGCUAUACUUUUUGUUCUUGGUUUAUCCAGUACCACGGUGAACCCCCCUCUGUCCUUGGCCCAUCAUAACUGCCAGGCUGAGAAACCAGCUGGCAGUGGGAGAAACAAGGCUUCGGGGCGAUAGAGUGGCCAGAUCCAGACCACAGCGUUCACUCGCCUGUGUGGACACGGGCAGACCAGGCCGUGCAGCCCAUCUCUUUGCCUCCUUCACGAAAGAUGAGGGCCGACAUGGGUCAGUCUUUUGCUUCCAUACGGUUUGGAGGAAUUCUGUUCUAAAAUGGAUGGUGGGGCACCU